ACACUCUCCUCCAGUCAGUUCGUUCGUUCACCUUUCCGUCUGAUUUCCCUUCAUAUCGUGCUCUUCCCGUAGCUAUGGCUGACGCCGCGCCUCCGCAGCCCUCUCAGGACCCCCCUGUGCUCAGUUCCAGCCCUCCAGACGCUGCGCCUGGUGCGCCAGCUGCCGCCGCGGCUCCCCCCCCAGCGGCACCAGGUCCGCCGCCCGGCGCACCACCUGCCGUCGCUACAACCCCCGCGGCUGCUCCGACCGCCGCGGCGCCGUCUGCGUUGUCGGACUUCGAUCAGGCGAAGCGCAAGGCGGAGGAGCUUGCGCAGAAGUUUCUCAACGCGGGAGGCGCUAAGCGGUCCAAGUUCGACGACGGGCCGCCAGCAGGCGUCGCCGCCGCCGUGGCGCCUCCCGGCGUGAGCGGCGCUAACGGCGGAGGCCCGCCGGAUGGCGUGGCGAGCUACGCGAGUGGCCCUCCCGGAUCGCAAGGGUAUGGCGCAGGCGGUCAGCAGAGCCAGCCGGCGCCAUACUACCAGCAGCAGCAGGGGGGGGCACCGCCGUACUACGACCAGCAAGGCGGCAGCACGCAGUCGAAGAAGAUCGACGUGCCCAACACCCGGGUGGGGCUGAUAAUCGGCAAGGGCGGCGAGACGAUCAAGUACCUGCAGGCGCAGUCGGGCGCCAAGAUCCAGGUCACGCGCGACAUGGAGGCGGACCCUCGCGCGCCGUCGCGGCCCGUGGAGCUGACGGGGACGGCGGAGCAGAUCGCGCAGGCGGAGCAGCUGAUCAAGCAAGUGCUCGAAGAGUCGGCGGCGGCUAGAGCAGCAGGAGGCGGAGGAGGCGGAGGAGGCGGGGGAGGCGGAGGCGGAGGGGGUUCGUACCCUGGAGCGCAGGGCGGAGGGGAGACGGUGACCAUCAAAAUCCCCAACAACAAGGUCGGCCUCAUGAUUGGUCGAGGAGGAGAGACGAUCAAGAGCCUGCAGGCGCGCUCCGGUGCAAGGAUUCAGGUGCAGAGCGACCGCGAGGUGGAGCCGGGGUGCAUGGAGCGCAACGUGAUGCUGAUGGGCAGCAAGCAGCAGACGGACAUGGCGCAGCAGCUCAUCAAAGAGGUCCUCGACGACCCUCGCCGCUCUGGUCCUGGCGGUGGAGGGGGAGGAGGAGGCGGGGGUGGUUACGGGGGCCAGCAGGGUUACCGCUCUGGCCCUGGCGGCUGGCAGGGGGGUGCGGGAGGGGGCGGCUACCAGCAGCCGCCGCCGGGGCAGCAACAGCAGCCGCAGGGGGCGGGAUACGGGGGGUACAGUGGGGGGCAGUAUGGGGGGGCGCAGCAGUAUGGGCAGGGGCAGGGCUAUGGGGGGUACGGGGCGCAGGGGGGAGGAGGGGGGGAGUACCAGCAGCAGGGGGAAUGGGGUGCGGGUGCGGCAGCAGGGGGGCAGCAGCAGCCGCCGCCGGCGCCAGCAGCGCAGCCGCCGCCAGCAGCACAGCCGGCAGCGCCGCCAGCGGGAGGUGCAGCAGCAGGGGGCGGGUAUGACUACUAUGCGCAGGGGGCACAGGCGCCGCCUGCGGGCGAUGGGGCGUAUGCGUAUGGCGCACAGCAGGGGGGGCAAGGUGGGUACUAUGGGUACCAGCAGGGGUAUCCGCCACAGCAGGGGCAGCCGGCAGCUGGGGCAGGGGGGUAUGCAGCGCAGGGGGGGGGGUAUCCGCAGCAGGGGUACGAGCAGCAGGGGUAUAACCAGCAGGGGUACGCGCAGCAGGGCUAUGGGGCGCAGCAGGGAGGGUAUGACUACUACGGGCAGGGGCAGCAGGUGCAAGGGGGGCAGGAGGCUUAUGGGCAGCAGCAGCAGGCGGGGCAGCCACCGGCAGGGCAGGUGUAUGCAGGAGCAGCAGGGGCGGAGGGUGGGGCGCAGGGAGGGUAUGACUACAGCGCUGCUGCCCCGCCUGCUGCUGCUCCUCCUGGCGCCUCUUAGCUUGCCUGGCUCAGGGGGUUGUGUGCUGUCAAGGCAUCCUUCCCCACCUACCGUCCGCUUGCCUGCCCAGUGGUCCGCUGCUGUGAAUCUGUUGUGUUAUGUUUAGCUUUGAUUUCCUGCCCCGUCUGUUGCCUCCACUGAUUGAAGCUGGGGGGCGAUGCUCGGAAGCUGCCAUGCGCUAUGACGUAUGGCUAUGUGCCCAUUUUGCUUGGGUGAGAUGCCAUUUUGAUUUUACCUUGGCAGUGCUAAUUUUACAUCAUUUCUAGCACAUUUUUCAGGGGUUGUGUAUGCAAUUUCAUUUUAGUGCCCAAAUAAUGAAGCCAAGCAUAG